AGCAGGCCCGAAUCAGCUCCCUGGUAUAUAAGUCAGGUUGGGAGGAGGGCAGCUUCAGACACUUCCCAGUUCUUCAGGACAGCACAGCUACCUUUCCUACUCUCCCUUCAGAGAUGAAGACCGUCGCCAUCUUGUUCUGCGUGGCUGCUGGAGCCGCUGCAUUGCCGCAGGGCUUCUUCUCAGGUGGUCUGUUCAGUCAGAACGGUCAGGCGACCGGAAGUGCCGCCGGCAAUGUGGUGUCCGGGGUCAGCGGCGGUCCCUUCCAGAGCUCUCGGAUCACGCAAGUCAGCGCCACAGCCUCGGGAUCAGCCAAUGACAACGCCGUAAGCUCCAACGUGGCCAGCGCCUCCAACGUCGCUUCUUCGGGGCUGUUCGGCAACCAGGAGUUCUCAAACACCAACGCCGUCUCCAACCAGCAGACGUUCGGUGGCGGACUUAGCGGAAGUUACCAGCGGCCGAUCGGUCAAUUCCGGCGGCAGUACCGCAGGCCGAACUUCUACUAGUCAUGACCUAGCUGGCCCUGUGUUCAGGAAGUUGUUAUGGUAUCUGUUAAAAGUGUGUAGCGAUGUGUGUGUGUAGCGGAUGAAGAACCAUUCAGUUUGCAAUAGUUGCAUUCAUUCUCCUCGUCGUUUUCAAACUCACAUGACCUUAAUUGUGUUCCAUUGUCAUAGCAUGAAAUAAAUGAACCAUCUGACGAAU